ACUGGAACCCUAGCUCAUUAAACGAAACACAUCCAGACAGCGCUCUCGAUCUCCCUUCUCUCUCCUUCGUCUCCUCCGUGUAACGAAGCCCUCCGACAACACCAUUCUUCCCUCUCUGGCUUCUCCUCUCUUCGCCGGUUACCAUUUCUCUAGAAAAUUGAAAACAUGGUACCAGAGAGGCCGUGAAAGCUAGAUAGUCAGAUCUCAUUUACAGAAAGAGAGAAAGAGAAAGCCACGACGAAAAAAAUUAAUUUGCAUAUAUACAACUACUUGAGAAGGAAAAGUUCAUAAAGCCACUGUAACAGCCACAAAAUUAUCAUUUGAAAGAGUGACUUUAAAGAUUUUGUACGAAGACGAUCUAAGGGUAGAAGGCCUUCAAAUGUAGAGAUAGAAAAAAGAGUCAAUAAAGAUUUUGUUACUUGGUUUCCUAUGCAGCUUAUGAACCCAGACAUUAUGAAUACUGUGCAUGAGGAUUUGAGAUACUUAGCAAGGGGUCCAUCACGAUAUGCCAAGAGGUUUUCUACAUUUAGUAUCAAUGGGUUCUCCUUUCGAACUACCAAUCGAGACAAUGGGUUAAAGACCCAGAAUAGUGAAGUUUUCUUAAUGUCUUCAACUCCUUGUGUUGCUAGCGCUAGUGAUGCUAAUGUUAGGAAUGCUGAUUUGUCAUAUUAUGGCAAAUUAGAAGAUAUUAUAGAACUAAACUACAAUGGCCGAUUUCGGGUUACUUUAUUCAAAUGUAAAUGGGCUGACACCACUAGAGAAUGGGGCUGUAGAAAGGAUAGUUGGGGCUUUACUUCUGUUAAUUUUUCACGGGUAAUACACAGUGGUGACCGAGAGGAGGAUGAUCCAUAUAUUGAAGCCUCACAAGCUCGAAUGGUGUAUUUUGUCAAUAAUGAAGUGAAUAAAGAUUGGAGUGUUGUCGUGCAUUUGAAGCCAAGAGACUCAUAUGAUAUAGGGGGAAAUGAAGAUGAUGAAGCAUGCGAGAAUGAGCCAUGAUAUGCCAAAGCAAAAGAGGUACAAGAAUCUACUUAAAGCAGCAGCUGCAAAUUCUUCACAAGACAAGUCAAUUGUAGUUGCAAAUUCAUCCGGAGACAAGUCGGCAGCUUCAAAUGCAUCACAAGUCAAGUCCGCAGCAGCUGCAAAUUCCUCUCGAGAGACAUCGGCAGCUACAAAUUUCUCCCGAGACAAGUUGGCAGCAGCUGCAAAUUCCUCCCGAGACAAGUCGGCAGCUUCAAAUUCCUCCCAGGAUAAGUCGGCAGCUUCAAAUUCCUCCCGGGACAAGUCGGCAGCUGCAAGUUCCUCCCGGGACAAGUCGGCAGCUGCAAGUUCCUCCCGAGACAAGUCGGCAGCAGCUGCAAGUUCAUCCCGAGACAAGUCGGUAGCUUCAAAUUCUUCUGAGCAUCCAUCCGAACCUAAACGUAAACAUGGACGUGAAUCUAAACAUCAUUGGACUGUUGAUGCCAUAGGUAUGUAUAGAUAUUUUAUUAUGUUAUUAUUAUCAAUAGCAUUAGAAAUCUGAAAAGAUACUACUUUUCUUUAUGCCCAUGAAUAAGUCUCAAGUUUGUAGACUUGUAGUACAAGAAUUAAAAAUCAUUCAGAUCUACUUUUGAACCUAGGGAGUAGCGCCAUACAGCAAGGCUUUUUUUUGGGUAUUAAAACGGAACUUAAAAGCCCGAAAAGAAUAACGAAAUUAGAUGCAAACUACUCAGUCUAAGAGGCUCCUCUAUCACCUUCUUGAAAGAUUUUGAUUAGCUCUGAAGGAAUAGCAAGGCUUUAAU